AUGACUGCAAUUUUAGAGAGAUGUGAAAGAAAAAGCGUAUGGGGUCGCUUCUGUAACUGGAUAACCAACACCGAAAACCAUCUUUACCUUGGAUGGUUUGGUGUUUUAAUGAUCCCUACCUUAUUAACCACAAAUUCUGUAUUUAUUAUCGCCUUUAUUGCUGCUCCUCUGGUGGAUAUCGAUGGUAUUCGUGAACUUGUUUCUAGAUCUCUACUUUAUGGAAACAAUAUUAUUUCACGUGCCAUUAUUCCUACUUCUGCAGCUAUAGGUUUGCAUUUUUACCUAAUAUGGAAAGCAACAUUUGUUGAUGAAUGGUUAUACAAUGGUGGUCCUUAUGAACUAAUUGUUAUAUCCUUCUUACUUGGUGUAGCUUGUUACAUGGGUCGUGAGUAG